AUGAAAAAUUUCGAACGAAAAGCAAACAAACAUGCUAUUUCUGAAAGGCAUCUCGUUUGUCAGGAACAAUUUAAGUUACUUGGUAAAAAUAUAAUUGAUCAUGCGCUAUCAGAAGGGCGACGCUUGCAAGCCAUAAAAUAUAAUGAACAAGUUGGCAUUAACCGUCGCAUAUUAGCUCGAUUAAUCCAUGUUGUGUGUUAUUUGGGGAAACAAGAGUUAGSUUUCCGGGGACACGAUGAACAAAAAAGMUCAUUAAGUAAGGGUAAUUAUUUAGAGCUAUUAGAACUCUUAUCGCAAGAAGAACAAAUACUCAAAGAACAUUUUUUGUCCAACUCUUUAUUUAAAGGAACGUCUAGUGAUGUGCAAAAUGAUUUAAUUGCUUGUAUUACAGAUGUUGUAAAUACUAAAAUAAUGAACGAUUUGAAAAAUGCAAAGUUUGUGUCUAUACAAGCCGAUGAAACCACUGAUGUGUCAUGCAAAUCACAAAUGAGUAUUAUUUUUAGAUACGUUGUUGACAACAACGUUGAAGAGAGAUUUAUUGGUUUUUUUGACRUAUCAAAARAUAAAAGUGCUGUUGGGCUCUCAAAUAUUUUAUUGGCAGAAAUAACCAAAUGGAAUAUAAACGAUAAGAUUAUCUGUCAGACUUAUGAUGGUGCARCCGUCAUGGCUGGAAAACAAAAUGGAGUCCAAGCCAUUAUUAAAAAAACCUAUCCAAAAGCCCUAUUUAUUYACUGCUAUGCCCAUCAACUGAACCUAAUUUUUUUACAUGGGUCAAAAAAUAUUAAGUCCGUUCGUAUUUUUAUAAGUGACCUUACAAUGUUUCACACAUUUUUCAGUAAAUCACCAAAACGAACUGAACUGCUUCGGGACAAAGGUUUUAAGUUGCCAAAAAGUUGCGAAACAAGGUGGAAUUACCAUUCAAGAGCAGCAGCUACUAUAAGUGCACAUUUUAAAGAACUACAAAAAGCGAUAUC